CAUGAGCUCCCACUCGAUCGCGCGAGACUCGGGUCACAUUCCAUCAUCCAUGCUACCAUUCGUACUUGAGCUGAUCUGUACUCACCAGUGACACUCACCGUGCUAUAAGACAAUGCUUAGGGCCACCUACAUCCGUGGCCCAAUCAUUUUCCGAUCCUUAUUCGUCUUACCAUCACUACGCUUCCCACCCCUCCGCAAUAUGUCCCACAGACCCCUCCAAACCUUGCUCAACGCCAACGAGGAGUGGGCACAAACCGUAGUAAAGGACACACCCGACUUUUUCGCUCGGUCAGCCACAUGCCAGAAUCCCAAGAUCCUUUGGAUUGGCUGCUCUGACUCACGAGUACCGGAAUCGAUCAUCACAGCAUCUAAGCCUGGUGAUAUCUUUGUGCACAGAAACGUUGCAAACCAAUUCCACCUCCAUGAUGACAGCGCCCUCUCAGUCCUCUCAUUUGCUGUCAAAGAAGUUGGCGUUGAACACGUCGUUCUCGUCGGUCACACCAACUGCGGAGGUGCCAUGGCUUGCAUAGAAGCAGCCAAAGUCGCUGCCACUAACCCCAGCGCAUCCAACCCACUCACGCGCUGGUUGAGCCCCCUUACCGCACUCGUUCGAUCUCUCGAUCUUUCCGCGUGCUCUGCGAAUGAGGCGCUGAACAAGGUCGUCAAAGCCAAUAUCAUCAAGCAGGUCGACAAUAUCUGCAAGUCAGAACCUAUCACCACUGCUUGGGCAGAUCCGCAUGCGAAGAAAGUUACUGUGCACGGAUGGAUGUACGAUCUUGCAGAGGGACGCAUCAAGGAGCUCGUCGUUCGCGACUCUCAGGCGUAACAAAAACAGAUCACGACUUGUUUAUCUUUGAUACCAGCACAAUCCCCAAGGCUUUGCGCCAAAUUCAUGGUUUUCGAUGCAUUCUUUGCUAGAUUUUCUGAAAAAUAGCUCUACACGUUGAAGGUGUUUCUAGGAUUAUGCAUGUCUCUUGCACCUCCCACACUAGUACUGGUGAGCAAUGUGUCAAAUCAUUUGGAUUUUGAAAUCGCGCAUUCGGAG